GGCGGUUAGGAGCUAUACAUUUUAAAGAUCAGAAAAAAUGGCGGAAACUCCAAACAUUCGAGUUACAAGAUCAUCUUCCAAGGCCCUUGGCGGAUCUGGUUCAGGAGCCAGGGUUUCUUCCAGACUACAGACCACACAGAGUGAACCCAGGUCUGGGCCAACUUCAAGACCAUCAAGGACAGCCAGGUCCACCUCAACUUCCAAAAAACAGAGUAAAACCAGAGCUAACUCAACCCCCAUGUCACAGAGUGGUGCAGAGUCAGGUUCAACACCCAAGUCACACACUGACAUCGAGCCAGGUUCACAGUCUGAAACAGUGACUAAAACUACGAAGAGCUCAUUAAAGAGAGCACAUUCACCAGUUACUGAAAAACUCCAGGUGGAAAUAGCUGUUGAAGAUACAGAGUCUGAAGUUGAGGAACCAGAGAAGAAGAGGCGCACCACAACAGGGCACCUCACCAAAAGGCGAUCAAGUUUUGUGAGAGGAAGAAUUAAUAAACCAUUGAGUGCACUUACAUCUGCAGAACUGAGUGUUGGUAUUCCUUCCGAGCUCCCUGGAGAGGAAAGACUAAGUAGAUUAACAAAGGAGUGCCUUGAGUUCACACUGCAGAAGCUGAGUGAAGAGUUCUCAGAUCUGGAUGGAGUACAACAGUUUGGAGUUCAAGCCCGUGAUGCAGUGGCUGGGGUUAUAUCAAAGUUGGAGACUAGUGGUAAAUUUAGCCGUGCAUGCAACAAAGGCAAAAGUUGUUUACCCAAUCCAGUGAAUAGUGAGAUUGAACAAGCAGCAUCUGAGUAUCAGGGUCACAUUGACAGAUUGCAGGAAGAAGAUGCUACAUGGGCUCAGUUGAUGAAAGAAAGAGAAGAUGCUGCAGCUCAAUUGGAACAGUAA